UGGAUUGUCCCAAUUAAACUAAGUUUAUUUAGUAGUGGAUAGCGGCAGCGUUGGAAUUGUUUGCCUAUGGACAGUGCUUGGGGGCAAAUUUUCUUGUUUGGGGGGGCAAUAUAAAGGUUUAUGCCUUGGGAAAAGCGAUUAAUUUAUUGUACAGUUUUAAUUAUUUUAUUUAUAGAAAUGUCUGACAAGGAGAAACCCAACACAGCGAUAAACGCAUCUUACACUUCCCCUUCGCUGAAAAUGGCAAACGGAUACGUUUUGCCCGAAGGGAAGAUAACGCCGAAUACACUUUUUGUUGGAGGAAUUGAUAUGAAGGUGGAUGAAAAUGAAAUAAGGGACUUCUUUGCAAGAUACGGUGCCGUGAAGGAAGUAAAGAUAAUCACUUAUCGCGGGGGCAUUUGUAAGGGGUAUGGCUUUGUAUCAUUCAAUGAGGAUGUGGACAUUCAGACCAUUGUUGAACAACAGAUCAGUUUUAAAGGAAGGAAACUGAAACUUGGACCAGCUAUCAUGAAAGAGCGAAGUUCGCGCUCUUUUCAGAGUCAUGUUCUUGGUCCCCCAAAUUGGAUGAGUCCGUCACAAUAUACAUAUUGUAGCUGCUGCACUCAAGUGAUGGGGAAUGUAAUCCAGCCCUCUGCAGUUAUGAAUACAGGGAGCCAGUACAUGCAGCCAUAUACUUACUCUGCCUUGCCAGGAGUUACACUGCCACAGGUGCCUAUGGGUUAUACACAGACUGCUUAUGCAUAUCAGUAUGCUGCUCCACAGUGGCCAGGGGAACCAAGGGCAAGAAUCAUAAAUCAGAAUUUUGUUGACUGUGGUGUGCAGACACUGAUGUCCAUUUUAUAAUUUCCCCUCUACAUGGUAACAGCUUUUCCAAGGUUAAGUGGACAUUCUUCAAGCACUGAGGUGUGUUAACCUGUGCUCAUGAGAGGAUUUCCAAGUCUGAGUGGAGAAGCAUGUAGACUUUUAUUGAGUUUUUUGAAGAUGCUCUCUUAACAUUUUAAUGCAUUCCUAUGUCCCCUCACGAGAAACAAGGAAGCAAGCUUUACUGAACAGUGUAAUUAAAAGCAGUAUACUUGAAAAGGAUUCACUGAAUGUGAGAGUUUGACUCAUUUGAGUUUUACUUCAGUUGAAACAUUUUUAAGCAUCUUUGUAGUUGGAGUGUGAAUUUCACUUUUUUUCCCCACUUUUUUGGUGUCAGCUUGGUUAUUCUUGAGCAGUUGUCUUUUAAAUUCACCUGUCUUUUUUCUACUUUUUUAAUUUUCCCAUUUUUCAUUGACUUAUUCCUAAUGCUUUAUGUUGUGUAAAAAAAAACAAAACAAAAGCAUGUUAAUGUCAAGUACAAGGAUGGAAAAAUUGAUUGUUGUGAAUGAAGAAUCAAGUCUAUUUUUCGCUUUCCAAACUUGUAUUAACGAGUUUUCUCAGACUUUAUUUGCAUUUUUUUUGUUUGGUGCUAUAUAAGGCAUUACUUUAUUUCGAUGUACAGUACAUGAUAAGUAAUUGUCAAGUUGCCACAGUCUUAUUUUUUAAUUGUCACACAAAUUUGGUAGGUUUCUUCAAGUGUUUAUCAUAGUAAAUUUUUCUUGUUAAAACUGUUUAUCACUUCUAAAGCGUUCACUGUUCUAGAAUGCUGUUCUUGUUUUUGCGAAUUGUAUAAUGUUUAGUGGGGGGGGUAACCGAUAUGUGCUGUGUACCCGUAUAGCAUGCCUGCGACAAAUAUAGCACCACAGCAUCAGUUUCACAGAAAGAUAUUAAAAUAUUUUGUUCGGUGAAAAUGCAAGGAAAAAGUACCGCUUAUGCCGACGCAGCUCCCCACUCGAACCUAAGUGAUACUUAAUGGUUCCGAUUCCAUAGUAAUAAAGAAGGAAAUUACUCUGAAGUAUUCCUGAAUAUUGGUUAUGUUCCAGUUGUCAGUAGUAGAAACACUUUGACUCCUGACGUGUGUAAAGUUAAAGCUGAAAACUUAAAAUGUAAAACAGUUAAUUUUCACAGUAUUUAGUUGUGGUUUAUAGUUUUCAGAAAACAUGCCUACCUUCAUCUGUAACAGGUUUCUGUUGACUUAAUUCUUUAGGCUCCUAGCCUUUUCAGUUUUAAACUGCCUGUAAGAGCAUUCAUUAAUUUCUUUAAGAAAUGCCAAGGCCCAAACAAAAGAAACUGAAAGCAGCCAUGUUUUUAAAAGUAUGCAGUUAAUUGGCUUUGUCUGGUGUGUAUUAUGAUGCAAUAGCCAGGAAUUUGUUUAGCCACUUAAUGAGAGAAGCUUGCACUUGAUGGAUUUUUUGAUUAAAUGUUAAUCUCUGACCAGUAGUUAAAGUGCAACACUAGUGUUGAUGUUUUCUGUGACUUUUUACCUUGUGAAAUGUGGAAUAUCAAUUGUUAAACCAAGAAGGGUGUAAACUUUCUCUCCUUUGGCUAACAUUAUUGGCUGCUGAUGGAUAUUGGUGAAGCAUUGGUGUGGUACACUUUGUUGGAGGUAGUUUUGUUUUUCACAUGUUGGUUUUUGUUAAGUUUAAUAAACUUUUUUGCAAAAAUA